AAAAUCGUUUCCUCACAUAUUGCGAAAUAAAUGACAUAAGACACAUGGCACAUCUUAAAAUGUCAAGUGAUUUAGAUUUCCCGCGGUAAAAGCAUUUUGUUGUUUAAUUGUCCUGUAAUUAAUUGUGUAUUAUUAUUGUUAGUUCAUCGUAAAUCAUACAAAGUGAAAUAUUUUUUUGUUGACCAUCCAGGAGACUCAGUUACAACAUAAAAAUGGCAAAUAAAAGACGUCGGCAAAUUAGCGGUGACAAUCAAACUAAAACAAAGAGAGCAAAAUUUACCCUCGAAAGUGUGAAUCUUCCUACAACUACUACUGAAGGAGUAGUACUAGUAACUGGAGCAGGAGACGUGGGUCAAUUAGGCUUGGGGCCUGAUGUUUUGGAAAAGUCUAGACCGGCUCUAGUUGAGUUAAAUCAUAUUGUCGUUGAUAUCUGUGCUGGAGGUAUGCAUACAGUUUGCCUCACUAAAGAAGGGAAAGUGCUUACAUUUGGUUGUAAUGAUGAAGGAGCCCUUGGAAGAGUUACUGAUGGAAAGGAAGAUGCUGAGUUUGAAGCAGGAGAAGUUGAACUACCUGCAAAGGUAAUUCAAGUUUCUGCAGGUGAUUCACACACAGCAGCAUUGCUGGAAGAUGGAAGAGUUUUUGCAUGGGGGACCUUCAGGGAUUCACAUGGUAACAUGGGCAUGACAUCGAGUGGAAAUGAAAAGCUUCCAUAUGAAAUUAUUAAAGAUAACAUUAUCAUAAAAAUAGCAUCAGGUGCUGACCACAUAGUAUUUCUAACCAAUCACGGCGAUGUAUAUACAUGCGGGUGUGCUGAACAAGGCCAGUUAGGUAGAACCUCAGAAAGAGGAAGUAGUCGAAAUGCCAGAAAUGGAAUCGGUAAGGGGCAAAUAGCAAAACUUCUUCAUCCAUCACCAAUCAGCCUAAAGCCUAGCUUAAAAUUACAUUUUGACAAUAUUUGGGCUGGCACUUAUGGAACAUUUUGCAAAGUAGCCAAUAGCACUGACAUUUAUGUUUUUGGACUGAAUAAUUAUAAUCAGCUAGGUUUGAAAUCCCAAAAUCCUCACUUUAUGCCUACAUUGUCAAAAGAGUUUUCAAAAUACAAAUGGAACUUGAUAAGUAGUGGACAGCAUCAUUCAAUAGGCUUAGAUGAAGAUGGAAAAGUGUAUGCUAUUGGUAGAAAAGAUUAUGGCAGGUUGGGACUAGGAGAAGGCUGUAUGGAUGCUGAAGAGAUUCAGUUGAUAUCAACAUUGGAAGAUAAAAAAAUCAAGAAUGUUGCUUGUGGAUCUGCCACAUCAUUUGCUGUAACUGAAGAUGGAGAUUUAUAUGGAUGGGGAAUGGGGACCAAUGGACAACUGGGGACAGGUGAAGAAGAUGACUUGGAAGUACCAACUCUAAUAAAAAGCAAGCAACUUCAAGAUCGAAAAGUAUUUAGGGUUAGUAGCGGAGGCCAGCAUACAGUAAUUUUAGCUAUUUCUAACUCAAACAAUAAUCAAGGUGACUGCAUUUAAGUGAAAUAAAAAAAUUUUUGAAGCGAUAUAUUGUUGAUUUAUUAAAACUUUGUUAAUACAAAGUAUUGACUUUUAGGACUGAAAUGGAAAUCAAUUUUGUUUUUUAUGACAUUAUAUAUGAAGAAGAACAUGAAAGGAACAAAUCAUUUUUCCUUUUUAUACAAAAGUAAACCAUUUGAUAAAAUGAUUUGAAGGGUUAGAAAUCUUUUUUCGAUUCUGUUGUUAAUCUUAUGGAACUUCAAAUAUUCUGCAGAGUAUUAUUUUUCCUUUAUAUUUCAAAAUGUGACAAUUAUGUACAAAAAUCAUUAAUUAUUUUGAAACCAUUCAGGAAUCCUUACAGAAGUAACCAGAGAAACGUAAGAAUAUUUUUGCAUUAAAAAAGAGUCAAUAUUUGAUUGAACUAAUAAUUUUUUGAAGUCUUAGACUUGUAUGAACAAGUAGAACUAAAUUUAUAUUUUUUAACUCAAAAAUUUAUAUAAAUAUUGAAUUUUCAAAAAAUUCCAUGUGUUUAAAAUUGUUUAACCAUAAUCCCAAGAUGUUUUGUUGAUUAAUUAACUUUGGUUUAUAUUAUGUUAUUAUUGCAUACAUAUUUUAAACAGUAUUUUGUGUAAUUGUGUUCAUCCUUAAUAAAUGUCUCACUGCCA